AUCGAUGUCCGCAGCGUUAGUCAAACUUCGAUAACAUCGAUAUUCUCCGGCUCUACUGCUUCAAUACGUCUUCUAUAAUAUGUUACCACUGUCACUUUUGAAGACCGCGCAGAGCCACCCUAUGCUGGUUGAGCUAAAAAAUGGGGAGACUUACAAUGGACACUUGGUGAGCUGUGAUUCUUGGAUGAAUAUCAAUCUACGUGACGUAAUUUGCACUUCAAAGGAUGGAGACCGUUUUUGGCGUAUGCCGGAAUGCUAUAUUCGAGGAAGUACCAUUAAAUAUUUGCGGAUACCUGAUGAGGUAAUCGAUAUGGUUAAAGAAGAUGCACAGGCUAAAUCCCGAAAUAGAACAGAGCUAAACAAAAAUCGUGUUGCAAGCUCAGCACAAAAUCAACGCGCAGCUCGUAGCGGUAGCCGAAAUAAUUUUGGAAACCGCAGCGGACAGUUAAGUGGAGGUCCUGGGAAUAACACUCAGCGAGUAGGAGUUUCAGGACAAGGGAACCGACUUCUUGCCCAGAAUAACAAAAAUAGAAAAUAAAGUGAAGCAAAAGCGUCAGUUUUUAGAAAAUAAAAGUUCAAAUACUAAAUUAAUAAUAAACAUUUAAAUUAUUAUUAUCAUUCUCAGAAUUAAUUUACUGAUCUGUGGUUUAUCUGCAGCAAAACCAACUUUGCGAUUCUACAUAUUAACUGAAGAUUUUUAUUUAAAAAAUAAAUAAAAUGAGAUUUAAUUGUAAAAUUUAA